AUCAUAUUUCCUCCAUUCUUGAGAUGGUUUUUCUGCUAUGAAAUCUUCGAUGGCUGCCUCGCAUUUGGAUCUCCUAUGCUUUGGUUUGAAUCGUGGUUUGAAUCAUCCACAGAUCGCCAUUCUAUCGAGAACUCCGGACUUUGGUGAUCUCGAUCGACUGAGUACAACUUUACUUCCUGGAUUUGAGAAAAAAAAAUGGCGUCGGCGAGUAGCAGCAGUGGCGGUGCCUGGGACGAGCUCAAGAUCCAGAUGAAGGACCUCCGAGCUCUGCUCCACAGCUCCAGCUUGAUCGAGAGGAGGAUCAAAUGCGAAGUGAAAAGGAUCCUCAACACUACCAUCUCCAACUACGAGGACCCUCACCGCUACGAAAACUCCAACACUGUUCUUGAAAUACUUUCAGGUCGAGGCAUCUCACCGCUAGAGGCAGCGUUUAUGUGGAUGGGUGCUUGGAGGCCAUCAGCUGCGAUCUCGCUGGUUUUCUCGGUCAUGGGACUCAAGAACCAGGGCCUCAACUUGAACAUCACCGAUCCAGGAACUUUGGGGGGAUCAGUCCCAGCUCUCAGCGAAGAACAGCUCUCCCAGCUCCAGACUUUCCGGGAUCUUACGAGCCAAGCCGAGAAGGAUCUCACGGAAGAACUCGCGACUGUCCAGAUGAUGCUGGCGGAUCAGGACGUGGUGACUGAUCUCUUGAAGGACGACGAAGGAGAGGAGGGAUCGUCGUCCAGCUCCUCCAAGCUCAAGGAGACGCUCCAUUCUAAAAUCUCUAGCCUUCGCGAUGUUUUAAAGCGGGCCGACCAGCUUCGCAUCAAGACGCUGCUUGAGCUCCACUCUGUGCUGGCUCCCAUCCAAGCAGCGCAAUGUAGCAUCGUCGCUUUUGAGGUCGCGUUUGCGAUGCGCUCCUUAAAUUCAGCCACACCACCCACAACAUCGUGUCCUCGCAAAUGAUUCCCCAAAAACAGAAUGACCAAUGACCCCUGUCUGUGCAAAUAAUAAAGUGUAUUUAGGUCAUUGUUAGUUUUAAUCUGUUAUCAUGUAAUAGAAAAUCUAUACAGGGUAAUUUAAA